AGUCCUCUCGGCAACACUGGACAUUCGCCACCGUAUCAGAUGUGAGGCGGUGCAAAACUGUGAGUGGGUUCACCCACUUGUCCCAAGAAGGUGUAUUUCCAUUUUGAGAAACAACCCACGUGUUCAAACUUACCACCGACCAAGCUGUCCCAAUAACAUUGUGGCAGUAGACGCGAAGUCAAAGAGGAUGUCUGCGUUGUUCAAUUUCCAGUCGCUGCUGCGAGUCAUUCUGCUCAUGAUUUGCACUUGCACAUACGUUCGUGCAGUCGCCCCUCGCCUCAUCGACAGAAACAAAGAAGGGAUUCUUGGUCUCUUCUUCAUGUCUGCUCGCAUAGGCGAACGUCUCUCGCCCUAUGUCGCCAUGGCCUGUGUCGCAAUGGCGGUUACCAUGCUCGUCCAGUAAUACCCUUACACACUACAAAAAUGACAUGCCUCG